AUGGCCAAGAGAAUUGACAGUCUUCAAGUAGCAGCUGUGAAUACAAGCCAAUCAUCAACUACAUGGGUGCAAAAUGAAGAGAGCCAAGAAGAACAGCAACAGAAGCAAGUACAGUACAUGCAUAACCAAAGUUCUGGACAGAAUGAGGUCUAUGGCGAUACUUACAAUCCUUCCUGGAAGAACCACCCCAACCUUAGGUGGGGAGAUAAUCAUAACCAAAGCCAACAGCCAUGGCAAAGAAACACAAACCAAAAUAACUCAAGGAAUAACCAGCAAAAUAACAACCAAAAUUCAUUCAGAAAACCACAAAACACUUACCCUAACUCUAACCAUUAUCCAGCCCAUAACCAGCCCACCAACCAAAAUGCUUACCAUCCACCACCCACAUCUCACAACCAACCACAAGCAUCACCAGAAUCUCAAAGAAUCACCAACCUAGAAACUUUGAUGGAUAAAAUAUGGAAGCACCAAGAGAUGAUAGCCAAGAAUCAAGAAGCCUCCAUAAAGAAUGUGGAGAGGCAAAUUGGCCAGCUCUCUAAACAAUUUGCAACAGAGAAGCCAUCAAGUUCCUUGCCAAGUGACACAAUUCCCAAUCCUAAGGAAGAGUGCAAGGCUGUGCAGUUAAGAAGUGGGAGAACAUUAAUAAGCAACAAUGACACUACAAAGAAGCAAGUAGAGAGCAGCAAAGGGCCAAUAGAAAAGGAAAAGUCAACAGACACAGGAGAAACCAAUGAUCAAGAUGUGAUGCCAAACAAGAACACAGAAAAGCAAAAAAAGAAAGAAGACAAGCCAACCAAUUUACAAGAGAGAGAGGAGAAAUUAAUUCAAGGACAACAACAAAAGGAGAAAGCCUUCACUCCUCCAUUGCCAUAUCCACAGAGGAAAGGUGAAGCCAAUACAUAUGUCCUUAGAAUUGGUGGACCAAUCAGUGGUACAUUCCAAAGGGGUGAUUGA